AUGGCCACACUCCAAGAUCUAAAGGGAACCCUUCGGUCAAACAUUGUUCAUCACGUAUCUUCAAGACAAGUGCUUUCAGACACACAAUAUGAAAGUGGUUUCAACGUCAUAUUGAAAGGCUCGACAACCUAUCAGAGUUUCAUACUCCCACAGCUAUCUCAGCUCCUGGCCCCUCUAUUCAAGUCAAGAGGCCGAAUUUCUGCACUCGAAAUCGGACCUGGUCCUCGGAGUAUGCUAGGACAGCUUACGUACCACGAAAGGAGCAAUAUUCGGCGAUAUACUGCAUACGAGCCAAAUGUCUUGUUUGCAACGAGAAUAGAAACGUGGCUCCUCGCAAACUCAGAGGAACAGCCACCGUUCCCUGCUCUCGAAACGCCACCUAAUAUCCAACGCAACCCGUUCCCUCGGCAGCACGGAGAUAAAAACCACGGACAUGGCGAUCACAUCGAGAAUGAAGUGGAAAAAUACGACAUAAUCCUGUUUUGUCACAGUCUCUACGGCAUGAAAUCGAAGCGCGAAGCCAUAGAACGGGCGUUGAAUCUUCUCGCUAGGACAAGCGACGCGAUGGUAGUAGUUUUCCAUCGUGAUGGCGUCCUCGAUCUUGACGGUCUGCUCUGCCAAAAAUCUACUUUGUUUCCGACUGGAGUUGUCACAGUGGCGGAUAAAAACGAGGUACUAGACGACUUUUGUCCUUUCAUUGCAGGCUUCACGAUGAAAGGUGAAGGCUCGUAUGAAACUGUCAAGAUUAGGUGGCGGGAGGUGUGUCGUGCCAUGGGCCGCCGUGAGGAUGCUACCGCAGAUCGUCUAGUGUUCAGUUCACCAGAUACCAUGGUUGUUUUCACUCAACAUGCCACCGCGUUACCCGAGUUGCUAGCGCAGGUAUCUAUUCUGACAGGCGGAAGAACGAUCAAGAACCGACAGGCUUGUAUCCGUCGCCCUGCUUCAAUUGUCCAACCAGCAACAAUCCAACACGUCCAGUCUUGCGUUCGAUGGGCUCUAGAGCACAAUCUCAGCUUGGCUGCCAUUGCUGGGGGCCACGGUGGCCAUUGCGUUGUAGACAAUGUUGUCUCAAUCGACCUGAAAGCGUUCAAUGAAAUGCAUAUCGUGAUGACAGACGCGGAGAAGGCAUCUGACCUGGGUUGUGAUGCUCUCGUUGUCGUUGAGACUGGCUGUACAACGGGAGACGUGAUCAGCAAGACCAUGGCAUCAGGCUUGACGGUGCCUUUGGGUUCUCGUCCAAGCGUAGGAGCAGGCUCGUGGUUACAAGGUGGUCUUGGACACCUGGCACGUUUGCACGGACUUGCUUGUGACGCUAUUGUUGGCGCUGUCGUGGUUAGUGUCAGUUCCGGUCAAGUCUUGUGUAUUGGAUGUAUACCAAGUCAUCAUCAGCCGGCUGCAUCCACUCGCCCAGAUAAUGAAGCCGAUAUACUGUGGUCAAUCAAAGGCGCAGGGACGAAUUGCGGUAUUGUGGUCAGCGUGACCUUCAAGGCUUACAAGGCACCACUCUACGUGGUUCACAACUGGGCCACUCCGUUAAGCAACGGCCUCGAAGCGCAGCUCAAGCUCCGCCAAUUUGACGAGCUUGUCGCGCGUAAGUCAGAACGAAACACCUCUGCAGAUGCCUAUCUGUACUGGGAUAACGGCCAAUUGCACUUGGGCGUAUCCGUGGUUCAGUCUAUCACAGCCAAAUCCAUCGAUGUAAAUCCUACUUGCGUAGCAGCGACUACUAUUCUAGGACCAGAAAGCAGUGUUGCUACUGUGGACGGUGUCGAAUUGUUCGAGACCGAGCUGUACGUCUCAAGCAUGCACGGCGGACAUGGCGGCGGCAAAACCUCGUCGUUCAAACGCUGUCUCUUUGUGAAAGACAUUGGUCAUCGAGGUGUUGCUGUGCGCCUGUUGGCGGCGAUGGAGAGCCGUCCAACACCGCUAUGCUAUCUUCACCUACUGCACGGCGGAGGUGCGAUUGGCGACACUGCGAUCGAAGAUGCUGCCUUUAGGCACCGAGAUUGGCACUUUGCGUGUGUCGUAACGGGUGUCUGGCCGCGUGACCAAGAUGGCAGCAAAGCCGAGCGGGCUGCGGUGGACUGGGUUUACAGCGUUGCAGCGGAUUUACUCCCUCUCAGUCGCGGUGUUUACGGUGCCGACCUUGGACCAGACCCUCGAGAUGCUGCGCUGGCCUGCCAUGCAUUCGGGCUGAACCGCCGACGACUCGCCCAACUCAAGCAUGUCUUGGAUCCCCAGAACGUGCUGGCUCACGCCUGUCCGCUUACGAAAGUCCCUCCCGGACCAAAGCUUAUCAUCCUUGUUACAGGUGAGAGCUGUACCGGUAAAGACUAUUGCGCCGGUCUUUGGUCCUCCAUGGUUACGAAUCGCCAUCUCGCCUCGCGCGUGAUGAGCAUAAGCGAUGCGAUUAAGCGGCGCUAUGCAGCAGCUUCUGGCGCCGACAUUAGUCGCCUGCUUUCUGACCGUGCUUACAAGGAACAACACCGUCCAUCGUUGACAGCGUUCUUUCUGGCACAAGUACACCACGAUUCUCAGCUACCACAGGAGCAAUUUCUCAACGUGGUUCGUGACGCCGGAGAUGUAGAUGUGCUCAUGGUAACUGGUAUGAGAGACAAAGCACCUGUUUCAACCUUCUCGCAUUUGGUAUCGGACUUUAAGCUAGUCGAGGUGUACAUGCAGGCCAGUGAACGAACGCGGCAGGCCCGUAAAGGCUGGCAUAUCAAUGGCAGUGAUGGGCGGACCGGCCUCGAGCAGGACCGGCCAAGUUCAAUGGCCUUGGACCACCGACCGUGCCUCAUCUUCAACAAUGAGGUGGAAGGAAGCAAAGCUGCCGAGGACUUCUUCCAGGAACAUCUACUUCCUUACCUUGAUGAAGACCUGAGGCGACUGGAAGACAUGGUGCAUCAAACAUCCGAUUUCCCACGUCAAGACAUUGUAUUCCGCCACGUUCUGGGCAUCUGCCAGCAACCGGGUGGGUUGGCACUUUGCACGUCGCUCCUGAAGAGUCACUUCACUGGCGAUUGGAGCAAUGUCGCGGCAAUAGUCUGUUGCGAAGUCGGUGGCAUAGUCUUUGGAUCCGCAUUGGCCUUGCAGGUCAACCUACCCAUGGUGCUCAUACGUGAAGCUGGUAAGCUUCCUCCACCUACUGUUGGUGCUCCAAAACUACAAUCGUAUGUCUCAUCUUUGGUCGGCAGUGACGCGAAAGAAAGGCGAAUUGAAAUGGAACAAAACGCCAUUCCCAGGAAUAGCCCAGUCGUGGUGGUAGACGACGUUCUCUCCACGGGGGAAACGCUCGGUGCUGUGCUGCAACUCUUGCACGAAGCUGGCAUCGGAAGCGUUGACGUCGUGGUUGUAGCAGAGUUUCCAAUUCACCGUGGACGGGAAUACGUACGACAACGUGGUUAUGGGAAGGUCAACAUUCGAAGCCUCCUCACGUUCGGUGGUGCUUAG